AUGAUGAGCGGCUCCGGCAGUAACGCGCAGGUUCCUCGGCGGGAAGCUACAACCGAUGCAGUGGGCACGUCGAAGCCGCUAAAGCCCCCGUUGUUCGUGUGUGGCGAACCCCUUUCAGACCGAGAGGCCGCAUCUUCACCUGAAGAUCUCGUGCGCGUGCUCGUUGUAACCCGAAGAUGGCUGCGCAAAGGUCGUCUCACAGAGUAUGUUAGUCAACUGCAUCUGGAGAUGCUGCAGAGUCAGCAUGCCGUGCCCGUUAUGGUUCCCAGGACGCCUUGGACUCGCGCCAUGCUUGAAGGUUUCAUGCCGAUGCAUGGCCUAUUAUUGGUGGAAGGGGAAGAUAUAGGCCCGUCACUGGAUCCGUACAGGGGAACCGCCUCGGUAGAUCAAGUGCAGAGGCUUGAAGUGCAAUCCAUGCACCCGGGUGAAGUCACGUCCGACGAGGAACGAGACGCGAUUGAGGUAGAACUCCUUCAGCGAUGUCAUGCAAAUGGGGUUCCGAUUUUAGGAAUAUGCAGGGGAUGCCAGCUGAUCAACGUGUUUCGCGGCGGGUCCUUGUUCUAUGACAUCGGACUACAAGUUGGAAAGGGAGUGCAACAUAUUAAUUAUAGCAACUACGAUCAACACCGACAUGGGCUGUGGGUAAACUCAGUAUCGCCUCUAGGUGGGCUAUUCCGCGAGGAAUACGAGAAAGCACGCUCAACCGGGGCUCUGCUGUCGGCCGAAGAUGUUCGGUUGCGGAAGCUUGAUUCGGAUGGCUUCAUCGUGUCAGGAUCAGGGGGGCCGGCUGUCGUUUCGGGUCAGCGCGACGGAGUAACUAGAGGCGGGGUCGUGAAUGAGUCAGACACGACUAACCGAGGUGGUGACGACUCAACAGGUGUACUCGCGGAACGCAGGGAGAAUCUCAACUGUUUUGGUCCCCAAUCGGGCAAUGACUUCUUCCAAGUGCAAGUGAACUCGUAUCAUCAUCAAGGCGUGCGCGAUCUGGGAAAGGGCUUGAUUCCAGUUGCUUUCUCAGAAGAUGGUCUGAUCGAAGCUUAUUGCGAUGCCAGCAUGAUGGUCGAUGAAAACGGGUCGGCUGCAACUGGUGGCGCAGAACAGAGGGCGAUCGACUACGGACAUGACCGGCGGCCGUGUAAGCACUUCGUGCUGGGGCUUCAGUUCCACCCGGAGCGGAUGGCUGACGAUUACGCUGGAUGUCGUCGAAUUUUCGAGGCCUUUGUCACGGCAUGCCGGAGAUAUAAAAGGGCAUGUUCUUCGUCAGAGACAUUGUCAGUGUCUCGUGCAAAGGUGUAG